CUCGGCCCAGAACAUCUCUGUGUCGGCUGAACCAUCGAGCAAGGCUUCAGACCGAGGGAGCGCCACCGCCGGCUCCCUGCCUCCGCUCUUCCGCGCCGCCGCAGAUGGCGGGGGGCACCUCGCCGGCAGCGCGCGCCCUCGUCAACCGCUGGCUGCCUCAACUCCUCCUCAUCUUCAUCUUUGGGUGCUGCAGCUGUUGUGCUGUCGAGACUGAGAGAACCCUUGCGAUGAUCAAGCCGGAUGGUUUGUCAGGCAACUACACGGAAAAGAUCAAGGUGGCCAUCUUGGAUUAUGGAUUUCAUAUUGUCAAAGAGACCGAGGUCCAGCUUGAUGAUGAGAGGGCAUCUCUCUUCUAUGCGGAGCAUUCUGGGAGAAGCUUCUUUGGCAGCCUAAUCAAGUAUAUAACGAGUGGUCCAGUUCUUGCUAUGGUUCUGGAAAGGCCUGAUGCCAUUGCACAAUGGCGAGCUUUGAUUGGGCCAACUGAUGCAAGAAAGGCUAAAACUUCUCAUCCAAACAGCAUUAGAGCAAUGUGUGGGUUGGAUUCAGAGAAGAACUGCGUGCAUGGUUCAGAUUCACCGGAAUCUGCAGCCAGAGAGAUUUCAUUUUUCUUUGGAGAUGGUUUAGAAACUGUGGAACAUGAUGAGCUUUAGACACUAACUAGUAUCAGUCAAGGCAGUAAAUUGAAACUUGAUAUGUCUCCUUUGAACUCUUAGUUGAUAACAACUUGAGUCAGAUGAGGCUACUCUGGACUCCACAUUAUAAUUCUUGACUUGGUAGCUUCAUAUACUGAAGACUAGGAUGGUUGAGGGUUACCAAGCUAAAACUUUUACUUAACCAUUACUCUCCACAAGUAAUUGUUGUGUUAAGAUGAAACAUAUAUUUGACUGUACUGGACACAAAUAGAUCUUAGAAUUGAUACUGGUUUACCAGAAACUGUCACAAAUGGAUUGCCCUAUCAAUCUGAGAGAAUUCAACUUUAGAUGCAUAGGGUCCAUGAAAUUGGGAGAAGGGAAUUGCCAAUUUGUCGAACAGCAGACUCUUAAGGAUCAGGAAUUCGUUCUAAUGUAAUUAUCCAUAGUAGUAUCUGUGUUUGCGUGCACGCACAACGUUGUAACUUGCAACAUCCAAGAAGCUUAGUGAGUGCAGCCCGAUAAUUUUUUU